AUGGCUGCAAGCAACUUGCAAGACGCUGUGCCUCUGCAGCCUGCGGCCGGCCAGGUGGUUGCAGAGUCAGAGCCCGAAGCCGCACUUGCGGCGACAAGCCUGCAGUGCAGCGAGUGCAAGAAAAGCCUUCUGCCUCAGGAGCUUGCCAGCACCGCAAAAAAACUUUGCAAGGACUGCAACAGUCUUCUGCAGGUGCUCUUCCGCAACCUCGGGGCUGGUGCUCUGGACAACCUGACCAGCGAAGACCGUGCGCAGUUCUUCGGCAAGUGCAUCGCGACCAAGCAAGGCUCUCGUUACGAGUGGUCUGUGGUGCGUGCCGCCCUGCUGGAGAGCCGCAUCGAGCGGCGAACGCAGCAAAAGAUCGCCGAAAUCGGCGGACCCUUCCUGCCGAUGUCCGUGUGGCUGAACAAAGGAUACAGCGAAGACCACGUUAGGAAAUUCCCCUGCGAGAAAGACAUCGUGGGAGAAGAGACCUGGCAAGUACAGACAAAAAGCGUGAGCCGCAGGGACGUGCAAGAGUCUGUCGAAGAAGAACUGCUCCAACGAGAGUCUGACUUGAAACAGCUCCGCCAAAGCAAGGGCAAAGGCAAAAGCCUCCAGGACAGCACGGCCGCUGCGGAGCCAGAGCUUCACGUGCCGAAGCAGCCUGCGCUGCCCUUGCAGCAGAAAGAGAAGACCGACAAGCAGAAGGCUCAAGCGGCGGCUCGUGAAGAAAAGGCCCGGGCCCAAGCUGCCGCUCAGACGGCCAGAAAAAACCGGGCCUUGUGCACGGAAGCCACGGCCGCUCUGUCCAAACUCCAGCCCAAGGAAGCAGCCUUGGAAAAGUUGCAGCAAAAAGCAACACAACACAAGCUAGAGGACUUGGGCACAAGGGUUCAAGAAGCGAGGGAGCAGCUGCAAGAGUGGCUGAAGGCCGGCAAGCAGUGUGUUGCUGCCUCCGACGCAACAGGUGCAGUUUUGGGCGAGCUUCCCUUCACGCAGGAAAUGGUCAAAGGCUUUCUGCAGGCCGUGCAGCAGCUGCAGAAGGACGUCAACGACGCGACGCCGAAGCCACAGCCAAAGCCAAAGAAGACCGCAGCGACGGCCGCGGCCAAGGUGCUUCGCAAUGAGGACAUCCGUGAGAGCAUUCGCAAAGCAAUGCUCAAAUCGGAACGAGACUUGGGGCCGGUUGUGGUUUCUUCUUCUUCUGAUGAAGAGACGAAGUCCGAGGCUGGCAUCCGUGACAUGGCGAGCAGCUCGGCUGAUGGCUUGCCGGGAACAGGGCGAGACCUCAUGACCACAAACGAGAUUGUGGAGCAUGCUGACCUGCUGGCAGCAGACAUGUGGCCUCUGCUCGGCUGCAAAGAGCUCUCGGACAUCACGCUCGCUUCCCUCCUAGAACACCGAUAUAUCCUUCAGGACAUCAAGGAGACCCUGCUGCGGCAGCAGCGAGGCCUGCCCCACACGUGUCUCCGUACAGAAGCGGGGGUACAGGCGGCUCUGAAAGAUGCCGAGCACCUUCUGCGAUGCGCCCGCCGUGAAGCCGAAGAACGGGUCUUGCAACAGUGGAAUACGUUUUGCCCGGAGAAGGCAGUAAAGGAAAAAACUUUUCAGGACACUGUGAACAGAGACCGCCUGCCAUCCAGCUGCUGCUUUGAAGAACUGGAACUGCCUGCAGUGCCUGCAGCUGGCGCAGACUCCACACCGGUAUUUGUGCUCGCAGCACACAUACCGCGGCUCCUGCAGUUCCUCACUACAACAAGCCCGCCCUUUGCACAAGCCCUCUUCACUGGCCUAGAGCACGACCCGCAACUUCAAAUGAUUCUAUAUCAUGACGAAGCACAAGGUGGAAACAUCCUUGCGGUCCAUAAGUGGAAAAAGGCAACUCUGUUUUAUGCCUCCUUCUCGCAGCUGAGAACCAGUGCCCACCUGCAGCAGUGCUGGCUGCCAGUGGGCAUGGUGCAGCACGAGGAGGCGGAGCGAGCAGCCGGAGGCCUGUCUGCAGUUCUCGCACGCAUCUUGCGCUUCAUCUGGCAGUCUGCUGAUGGCGGCUUCAGUCUUGUCUUCAAUGGCGUCACGAAAGCGACGGCUUUGACUCGGCACUGCCACUUGUUGUGCGAUUAUGAUGCACAGCGAGCAUGCCUUGGAAUCACGGGCUCUAAUGGCAUGCGAUGCUGUGUGCAUUGCACCAAUGUCUUGCGAAAGAACUCGCAGGUUGAACGAGCCCCUUUCGUGGAGUACUCAGAGCACUCACGGCUGAAGUUUGUAAAGGCUCUUGACGAAGAUCAUUGGGCGGCAGCAGACAAGCUGCGAACUCUCCAAAAAGGUGAAGAAAUAAAAAACUUCGUGAAAACCUCCGGUAUUAAAUGCUUGCCGGAGGCCUUGCUGCAUGACAAAGUCGCACGUGAGAUUUUGCCGGUCUCUUGUUGUGCUGCUGACAGCAUGCAUUUGUACUACCACCAAGGCCUGAUAUCAUGGGAAGUGGCGAAUGUGUGGGCAGCAUUCAGACAACAAGCCCCUGGCUUGACGUUGCAAAUGUUGAAGGACACAGUGACAGCCACUAAAUGGUACGGCCCUGGGAACUCCAAUCACGCACGUCCCGCUUAUAUUGGCAGCUUGUUCCAUGAGAAACUCUGGGCGGACGGCCAGUACAAGGGGCAAGCCGAAGAUGCCUCUGCCUUGGUCCCGCUGCUGCGGUACUACCUCGAGGUGCUUUGCAGGCCCCGCGGUCUUCUGGAGAAGGAGCUGGCCAGUUUCAACGGCCUCGCUGACCUUCACUCAGAGAUACGACGGUUGCAGUUUGCUUUCCGGCCUCUAGGAGAGGACGAUGUUCAAGACUUGCGGAAAUUUGAAGAAAAGCACCAACAACUCUAUGUUGAUGCUUAUGGCGCCGACGAGACGCGGCCUAAGCACCAUCAUCGCUUUCACUUGUCUGAGGGGUGUGUGCUCUUGAAAAUGAUGCCAAGUUGCAUGACGCAUGAAGCAAAACACCAGAUCUACAAGCAAAACCUUUGCGACAGAUACCAAUCCAAGGUUAAAGUCCCCAGAGUCUUCUUGAGAAAAUGCUUGACUAUCAUGCUCGAGACAACGGUGCACCAGCAAAAGAAAUUAGGAAUGGCACGCUGGCAGCUGAACGAGCCUUGCAACGCAGCUGCCGGCAAUCUGCGACGGGCCCUGUCCUCAUCUGGUCUGCUUGAGGCCAAAAGCAUGACCAUGUGGCAGAGCACAGUCUCCGUGGGUGAUGUCCUCAUCUUCUCCAAGCAGGAUGCCGGAGUAGUGUUGCAAUGCCUCGGGGAUGAUCAGGCUUUAUGGCUGCUCCUGCAGAGCUUGCAGCAUCUCUCUGACCAUGCGUGGGGAUGCAGAUGGCAGCUCACGCAAAAGCAGAAACUGUGGAAAGUGAGAGCCGAUGAACCGUACUGGCUGCCACAGUGGUGGCAUCGAGCUGACGAUGAUAUCAUCACGCUGUCUUGA